AAGUUAAAGGCCGCUUGAUGCUAUAUCAGCACCAUCAUGCCAAGUCCUAGGAACAGUCCAAAGAGCAUUCGUGAGAGACGGGCUUAUGGCAAUAGGCUAGAGUUCUUGUCAUUGCCAGAUCAGAGAGGCCCAAUAUCCCCAGAAAAUAUGUCUCAUCAUAAAGACUCUCCUACUAGUACUGGCCCUCAACAGGCUUUACCCGAAGAGGACUGUAUGAAGCUCAAUCCUUCUUUGUGGGGUAUUGCCCUGCAUUCUCUUUUGGCUGUUGAUUUGUGGGCCUCUAAACUACUGGGUAUAUGUGCUGGAGAGAAUUCCCCAUGGGGUAGUGUUCGUCCUCUCAUGAUGGUCAUAGAGGUGUCAGGACAUGGAAUUCCUUGGCUAACUGGUACAUUGUACGGACUUUACAGAAGUGGCAGCUCAGCAGGUCGUGAGGUGCUGCUCAAUCUACUCUUUGCUCUGAUUCUUGAUCUAGUUUUGGUGGCAGCAGUAAAAGGACUGGUGAAACGAAGGCGCCCAGUCUACAACAAGAUGGACAUGUUUGCCACUGUCUCUGUGGACAAAUAUUCCUUUCCUUCAGGCCAUGCUACCAGAGCCGCCAUGGUGUGCAGAUUUAUACUACAUCAUCUUGUACUUGCAAUCCCUCUAAGAGUGCUGGUUGUACUUUGGACCUUCAUAGUGGGAAUCUCUAGGAUCAUGCUUGGCAGACAUAAUGUAACAGAUGUGGUCUUUGGGCUAAUCAUGGGCUACAUGCAGUAUAGUUUGGUGGAAUAUUUCUGGUUGUCACCUGUAAAUGCUCCUGUCUUCUUUGCCUUUUGGAACUGAGGAUUCUUGAGGGAAGAGAAAUAUUUGUCUUAGUGUAAACAUUCAUGAUACUUCAUCUGAUCAUCAAAUUAAAUGAGUAGAACCAAGAUUUUCACAAUAUGUGUGAUCUAACAUAAAUUUGCUCUGGAAG